AUGCGGCUUUCCAAGACCUUGGCCUUCGCGGCGCUGUUGAACGAGAGCGCCUCGUCGAAAGUCGUCUCGGCCAACUUCCACAGGGUUCAGUUCCCUGUCGACCUGGUACAGAUUACGCGCCGUGGUGACACCCUGAACCUCGCCGCCAUCAACAACAUCACCGGCGGCGGAUAUUAUUCCGAGGUGUACAUCGGCACUCCGGGCCAGAAGACGCUGCUACACCUCGACACGGGCAGUAGCGACACGUGGGUCGUCGACAAGCAGGCUGACCUGUGCAUAAGCCGGUCGCUACAAGCCCAGGUUGGCGGAGGCUGCGUCAAGCCCAUCGACUCGAGCGCGAGUUCCACCUUCAAGGUCGUGAGUCGCAACGGCUUUGACAUCACGUACCUUGACGGCAGGAAUAUCCGGGGAGACUACAUCCAGGAUACCGUGAGUUUCGAUGGCAAAACAACCACCAACCAACAGCUAGGCUUCGCUACCCAAACUGUCAAGGGUUCGGGCUUGAUGGGCCUGGGCUUCUCCGAGGGCGUUUCAUCGCGGCGUCGAUAUCCCACCAUUCUCGACAGCAUGGUUGCGCAAGGCCAUAUAGGCCGGAAGGCGUUCAGCAUGUGGCUGAAUGACCUGUCCUCGUCCGAGGGGACUGUCCUCUUUGGAGGGGUUGACACGGAAAAGUACGUUGGAACGCUCACCACGCUUCCGCUCGUCGAGGACCCCAACUCGGGCAGCAUCACCAGCUACAGCAUCGCCAUGACUGGAGUCGCAGUCGAGACCCCCGAUGAGAAGCUGGUCCAAAUGACCGCGGGUUCCUUCAACGCCACAACCAUUCUCGACUCCGGCUCUACCGUGUGCCUAUUCCCCGAAAGGCUGACCAAGUCCAUCUGGGCGAAGUUCGGCGUCGUCGAUGCAGGAUACGGGCUCAUCGACUGCAAAUGGAGAGGGGCCAUGGGCGAGGGCCACUUCAUCGACUUCGACUUGGCGCGCGUCAAGAUCCGAGUCCCACUGGAGGAGAUGGUCCUCGACAACCUCGACCGCAUCAUGGACCAGCUCGACGACCUCACCCCCUUCGACCGGACCUGCAUGUUCGGGAUCCAGAACAGCGCCAUCUUCGACGUCACGAGCAGCAGAUUCGCCAUCCUGGGAGACACCUUCCUGCGGAGCGCGUACGUCGUGUACGAUGAAACCAACCAGCAGGUCGGCAUUGCCCAAGCGAACCUCAACUCGAGCCGGUCCAACAUCAUCGAGCUGCGCGCCGACGGGAGCGCACUGCCGACGGCCACAGGCGUGGCGAGCCAAGUCACAACGCCUGCUCCGACGCGGACGGCCAGCGGAGGCGCAACACAUCUUGUUUCGACGGCCUCAUCGACGCCUACUGCAGGCGAAUCCAAGAGCGCUGCGUCUCAUCACACAGUUGUCCUGCUAGGAAUACUGGUUCUGCUGCAGGCAUUCGAAGGGCAAAGAGGAGUUUAG